GGAUAUCCUAAACUAGCACGGUUUAUUGGCGAGAGACCUGGUUUUGCAAUCUUUCGACGUUUUUCCGAACUCAAUGCGAGGAACUUGCUGUAUUUGCAAGCUGAGCUGCUUGAUGUGGAAGAGGAGCUUUAUGAGACCGAGAUUGAUGAUCAGAGGGAUCAAGAUUUGAGGCAAUUGCAGUUCUCGAUGCGAGGGAUUCAUAAUGGCAGAGCAGCGCCAGAAGGUUCCAAGGCUCGUUCUCGUUGGAAAUUAUAUGAGGAACAAAGACGGUUGCUGAAAGAAUAUAACGAGGUCUUGAUUCAACAACACAAGCUAUACAGUCUUCCACGGCCAACCAACGGCGAAGUUCGCGGCCUCCGAGAGUUCAUCUGCGACAGCGAUAUCCACGGCCACAACAGCGAACAAGAAUGGCUGCAUCAUCCCGAAAACACCAUCUGGAGUCUCAGCGUCGAUGAGAAAGCGAAAUACGAAACAGAUCAGCAACGAGCACGAGCGCACGAACGAGCAAAAGCAACACAGACAGAUCUAGUCAGUCUAUCAGGCCACGUCGCACCCGAUUCCUUCACAAACUUGUUACGCAGCAAGGUCGUCCAACGCUUCCACGUACUUUUCGGUCAUCGAUUACUCCAAGAAGAUGCUGAAUUUGGAGGUCAUAUGUAUAGAGGUGAAGUACUGGAGCGACUUGCAUUCUAUAUCAGCAUUUUGUUCGCAUCUUUGCUUCCUACCGCCAGUAUCAUCGCCCUCUACUAUAUCCCCAUACAGAUCUGGAGAUUGAUCUUUAUCGGACUCUGGUCUGCGACAUUCUCUAUCUGUCUGGCAUUCUUUACGUCGGCCACUCGGAUCGAGAUUUUUAUGGCAUCUGUUGCU